GCGCACUCGUUUAUACAAAGCCGUGUUAUCUUCAAACGUCUUGACGCAUGCUAUGCGCGCUGGUUCGCUUGAAAGACUGCGAUUUUUCUAACAAUUUACGAUAACAUGAACGAUGAAUGCAGCACGACGACCAAGGAGACGUUCCAGGAACCGCGGAAGAGGUUCUGGCUGAGAUCGAGGAAACGACCAAAGAGCGACGCAAUGAGCAUUAGCUCGAUGGACACGUCCAUGGACUCCUAUGUGGGGAACAAGAAGAAGCGACCCAGGAUUACGGAGUUUGCCAGCCAAAUAUUUCAGUCAUCGACUGCAUUGAGCAAACUGGACAACGCUAUGCACAGGUCCUUCACUAUUCCACCAAACUCGUCGGACCUGUCGAUCAACGAGGAUGAAGCUGAUACUGGGGUGUUGCGUAAAAAAUUGAAGAAUGCUACUACAAGCUGUAACAAUUUGACAAUUAGAAGCUGGUUGUUGGAUGUUGCACACACACAGAGUAAAGAAUGGUUGAACAAUGUACUAAGUCGAAGCGAAGUCAAGAGGCAAGAGGCAAUUUACGAAUUGUACUGUGGCGAAAAUGUGUUGCUAAAUGAUCUCUAUGUGUUGAGAGACUUCUAUUAUGAACCAAUGUUGUCUACUGGUAUCUGCACAUCCGAAGAGUUAUCCACCCUUUUUGGUGAUAUCACAACUCUCAUCCAAAUACACAGUAGCUUGAGGGACGAGUUGCUCAAAGCGCGGGAUAGAAGUGGAUUCACAAAGGCUGUAGGUCCAAUAAUACUAAAAUGGUUAUCGACACUGAAGAAACCAUAUCUGGAAAGAUGCAGGACGUUGGUAUGGGCGAGACAUUUAUUGGACGAGAAAAGAUUCGGCAAUAAGCGAUUUCAAUCAUUCUUGAAAAAGCGCCUGGAGUCGCCGCGUUCCAUCGACCUGUGGACUUAUCUGGAUGUGCCACGUUCGAGAAUCGUUAAGUAUCCAUUGCUAGUGAAGGAGAUUUUGAAACAUACUCCCGUCACAGAUGCAGAUCACUCGCUGCUGAAAGAAGCAGGCGACGUAUUGUCUGAUUUGCUGCGGGAUAUUGACCGCACAAUGGGUGACGCUGAGUGCAAGCUCGCUCAGUCGAAAAUAAACGCAAAGAUCGAGCACGAUCCGGACAAGUGCAUUGCUAGUGCUACAGAAUUGAUCACGAAAGGUCCACUCAAGGAUGCACGCGGAAUAAAAUAUUAUUGUUUUCUCUUCAAUACUUGUUUCGCGAUAACUCGUGCCACACGAAGGCUCAGCAAGAAGUACAAUCUCUUCUUACCCGUCAUACCCAGAGAUCAGAUAGAUCCGCAAACGGAUGAUAAAAAUAUCGCGGAAAUCGGUUUCAAGAUCGGCGAGCAUUUCUUCAUAACGGAGGACGAGCACAAGAAGAGGCACUGGGUAGAUUCCUUCGACAAGAUGCGUCACAGGAAAAUGUCGGACAAUGUCCUCAACGCUCAUGACAAGGAAAAUUUACCGAGUGCGGAAUUACCAGAAUCGAAUUACGUCACAAGGGAAUCAACCUCCUCGAGCAGUAUUAACGACAAUUAUUUCUCUGUUUUCAUAAAAAAAAAUCUACUUAAGCAGAAGCGCAACAGUAUCGGUUAUAUAUUUUGAGAACGUCAUGUUGCAAUUUUCCCUUGCGAUUGUUAUUCACUAUAAUAUGCUUUAAAUGUAUGUAACAUAUAUGUACAAAUAUUGCUAUAAUUAGCAACUGCGAGUUGUGCUUUACGAAAUUCGGUAUUUUAUAUUUAUAAUUAUAUGCGUCUAUUUUGUACUUGCAUAUAUCUAAGAGGUAAGUGGAAUUUAUAAAAAUUUCCUAAUAAAUUAUGAGGGAAGAAGAUUUAUAUAUAUAUACAAGGUAAAAUAAUGAUAAGCGAAUAAUUAAUGAUACAAUUGUCGAAAUAAGCUAUUAGAUUAACACUUCAGAAAUGAAAUAUAUGUUAUUCUCGCGACAUAAUAUAUACGUUGACAUAAAUUGGUGUUUGAAGAAGUACUAUUACAUUCGAUAGAAUAAAUCUAAAAUGUCAAAGUGUCUUUUUACGAUGAAA